AUGGGCAAUGUCAAGGCACCCUUUAAAAUCAUGGACAGUCCCAAGGCACCCUUUAAAAUCAUGGACAGUCUUGAGGCACCCUUUAUAAUUAUGGACAGUCUUGAGGCACCCUUUAUAAUUAUGGACAGUCUUGAGGCACCCUUUAUAAUAAUUAUGGACAGUCUUGAGGCACCCUUUAUAAUUAUGGACAGUCUUGAGGCACCCUUUAUAAUUAUGGACAGUCUUGAGGCACCCUUUAUAAUUAUGGACAGUCUUGAGGCACCCUUUAUAAUUAUGGACAGUCUUGAGGCACCCUUUAUAAUUAUGGACAGUCUUGAGGCACCCCAUUCUAAAAUAUGA